AAAUACUUUGUCAUAAUUCAGAAUCACGUAUGGUGAAAUAAGAUAUAGACUUUGUACCUAAACAUGAAAUGGCUUUUAAACUCUCUUCUCGCUGAUUGUCUGCUACCUCUGGUUACUCUAGUAUAUGAAAAUGGUAAAAUUCGAAGAUUUAGAAUUUUAUAGUAACUAAACGAACUUCCUGAAUCCCCUUCCACAAGUCAACAUGCAAGUUGCAAACGCACGCAUUUGGAGUUGAAUGUUUACACUGGUACACAAUUUGCGUUGCUAACAUUUACUUUCCAGAACUAUAGGCAUUUACUUGUUUAACAUUCAUAUAUGUAUAUUUUUUUUUUAAAAAUAGGGUUAAUUAUGUUUUUGGUCCCUCAAGUAUCGACCAUUUUUGGUUUUCGUCCCUCAUUCAAAAGAUGCGCUAUUUAAGUCCCUCACGUUCUGAAACGCAUGAAAUUCGUCCUCAUUUUUUAACUCCGUUAAGUUUAUUAGAAAGCUGGCAGACGGAGUGCCACGUCAGGAUCUCGUUUUUCACUUUCACUCAGGUACAGUAACCACGUGUUUUAAAAGGGGUCUGAGGGUAACGUUUGGAACCCUAAAUUUUGAAUUGUGAGAUUGGAUCAUUGGUGAGGAGCUUGAGCAGUUCACUUUGGUGCGGGGAAACGUAGGUGAUGAAGAGUGGUAGUUCCGGAAUUGAUUGUAGGCAAAGGAAAAGUGGUUCGAAAAUUUCUCAAAGCUCAAUGUCAUGUUCAGAAAUAGCAUCGAAAGUGUGUGGGUGUGGGGAACGAUUGUUGCUCCUAAAGGCAGGUACUGUGAAGAACAAGGGCAGGUUAUUUUGGAGAUGUCGAAAUUGGGCGUCCAAUUCAAAUUGUAAUUAUUUUGAAUGGGUUAAUGAAGAGGAAUGUAAAGGUGAAGGUGGAGAAUCGGAAUUUGAAGCUGGCGCCGGAAAACGAUUUGAAGAAGAGGAAGUUUGUUUGGAAAAGGAGAAAUUGAUACUGGACUUGAUUAAGAAAAACGAGAAGUUGAAAAGGAAAUUGCAAAAAGAGAAAACAUUUGGGAAAUUGCUGCAACUUUUAUUUGUACUGUCGUGGGCAUUUUCAAUUGUAUUUGUGGUUAUGUUUUUGUUCAAGUUAAACUGUAAUUAG